GUGUGCUGUGGAGGCGUUGUCCGGUUGUGAUUGAAGUGUCGGCUAGUUUGUGUCUUAGGUUGAGGACCGAGGCGAAAUUUCACGUCCAUCUUAAGUCGCUAGCCGAGCUUUGGUGGUGAGACUCGUGGCACUGCUCGGGACCUUUCACGUAUCGGGCAAACCGACUCGUCGCACGUAGGCACUGAUCUGCGCCGUGGUUUGUGCUCAAAAUGUCCGGUGAUUCGAAUGGAAAAUUCCCGGCACCACCGUCGGGACCGACGGGCCGCAUCCUGCCGGCAGACAGCUACAUCUCGACUGACCCAGCUGUACCGGUGAAGCUGCGCAUCGCCAAAGAGGGCCUAGCUUCGCUCGAUCCCCUCUCCGUGCCGGAUCUGAUGAACCGAACCGUACGGGACCACCCCGACCAUCCGGCGAUGGUGUUCCGGAACGCGCAGAAACAGUGGCAAACGGUGUCGUACCGCGAGUACCGCGACCGCGUUCAUCACAUGGCAAAGGUGUUCGUUAAGCUAGGGCUCGAACCGCACCACACCGUGGCCGUGCUGGCGUUCAACAGCCCGGAGUGGUUCGUCUCCGAACUAUCCGCCAUCCAUGCCGGGGGCAUCAUCACCGGCGUCUACACGACGAACUCACCCGAAUCGGUCCAGCACGUCCUGGAGAGCUCCCGGGCCCAGAUCGUGGUCGUGGACGAUGCGAAGCAGAUGGAGAAAAUCUACUCGAUCCGGGCGAACCUACCGAACCUGAAAACCGUCAUCCAGACCAUGCCACCGUACGCACCGUACGUCAAGCGCGAGGACGGCUACUAUCGUUGGUCGGAAUUGGAAGAAAUGAACGUGGAGGAUGUGGAAGAGGAGUUCAACAAUCGGCUGGCGAACAUUGCCAUCAAUCAGUGCUGCUGCCUGGUGUACACGUCUGGUACGGUCGGUAACCCAAAGGGCGUUAUGCUGAGCCACGACAACUUCACCUGGGACUCGUACGCGAUCGGCAAGCGGCUGCAUCAGAUCCGGUACGCCGAGGAGGUGCUCGUAUCCUUCCUACCGCUUAGCCACGUCGCCGCCCAGAUGGUGGACAUUUUCCUGACGCUGCAGUUCGCCUGUACCGUGUACUUUGCCGACAAGGACGCGAUGAAGGGCACGCUGCUGAACACGCUGCAGGAGGCGAAACCAACGCGCAUGCUGGCAGUACCGCGCGUGUACGAGAAGAUCCAGGAGAAGAUGUUGGCGAUAGGUGCGCAAAGUGGUGCCGCGAAAAAGAUGGUGGCGAGUUGGGCGAAGAGCGUCACGCUGCAACAUCAUCUGGAUGCUAUGGAGGGCAAACCAACCAACUCCUGGCAGUACCGUUUGGUGAGAAACUUCAUCCUGUCGAAGGUAAAGGACGCGCUAGGAUUCAGCCGCUGUCUGACACUGGCUACGGCCGCUGCUCCUAUGGAUCGCGAGACGAAGAAGUACUUCAUGAGCCUUGAUCUGCCGAUCAACGAAGCGUUCGGCAUGUCGGAAUCGUCCGGUGCUCACUCGCUGACCGCUCCAGACAGUUACAACUUCGACACGAUCGGUAAACCCCUCGGAGGUUGCGAGACGAAGAUCGAUAAGCCUGACGAGCGAGGACACGGUGAAAUUUGCAUGCGAGGUCGCCAUAUUCUUAUGGGGUACAUCGGUGAAGAGGCCAAAACGCGGGAAGCCAUCGACGAUGAUGGUUGGCUGCAUUCUGGUGACGUGGGUUACAUUGACGAUCCUGGAUUCAUGUAUAUCACGGGACGCAUCAAGGAGCUCAUCAUCACCGCGGGCGGUGAGAACAUACCACCGGUGCACGUGGAGAAUCUCGUCAAGAAUGAGCUACCGUUCGUGAGCAACGCGUUCCUCGUGGGCGACAAGCGCAAGUUCCUUACCAUGCUGAUCACACUCAAGACACAGAUGAACCUGGACACCGGAGCGCCGAAAGACGAACUAACCCCGGAAACGAUCACGGCACUCAAGGAGAUUGGCUUGGAGUAUGGCAAGCUGAGCGAGAUCCAUGCAGCUGGUCCCUGCCCAAAGGUGCUCAAGGCAAUCCAGGAAGGUAUCGAUCGUGCAAACGCCAAGGCUAUCUCGAACGCACAGCGAAUUCAAAAGUUUGCGCUGUUGAAGGCUGACUUUUCCGUGCCCGGCGGUGAGCUCGGUCCUACGUUGAAGGUGAAACGUAACGUCGUGGUGGAAAAUAACAAGGACGUCAUUGAGAAGUUCUACGCUUAAAAAGAAUGAAACGGAAACACCUAACCCAGGACUCGUUCGUUGACUUUUCAAACAACUUGUGCAAUUUACGAUAAGUUUUCUGUCCCUUUGUUAUUUUGCUAUUCUUUUCCCCCUCUUUUUUUAUGUAUCGCUGUGAAGUGAUUAUUUUCCCCAUUUUAGCUAUAGAAGAGCUAACGAUGUUGCAAUCAUCCUUAAAUUGCAUUCGUUAAUUACUAAAUCGUUAAAUUACAACAAAAAAAACACACACACACAUACAUUUCCGUUCCAGCUGAUGGAAGGAAAUCGAUGGGACAAGUGCGACACUAUUAUUACUAAGGCAUUCCGGAUGCGGAAAACACCCGACGGAAAAACAAUGCCACGUACCGCUACGUUGUAGCUGAUAGUUAGACAGUAGUGCUACCUUCUACGAAUUUGGUCUGAAAUUGUUUCAUUUUCGUUCGGUUUUGCUGUUUGGUUUAUCGUAAGAGAUUGGUGAUAUUAUGUAGAUGCUUUCGCGACGGAGCGAAAAGAACAGCAACAAGCCCGUGUUGCCAUCAGAAAUAUGACAACGGCCGGCUGCAGCUCUAGUGUAGGACGCGUUGGUAGAAAAUGGUUCGUUUUUUCUCUUUUCGUUGGACUGUUUAGGUUGUUGUUGUUGUUGUUAUUUGUUAUGUGGUAACAUUAUGUACAAAGACGUUCGUUUGGAUUCGUAUCCAGUGCAUUUAGUCAGUUAGUUUCUUCACUGUAAUCGCCACGCAGGCGAGAAGAGAAACCAAUCAUUCCCAGCAAAGAGCAUAGAGUACGCGGUUGCUGUGAAUAGAUCCACUCGAUCAGCAACUGCGUCUGCAGGCAGAUUUGAGACUUACGAAAGGAGAAAUAAAAUGUUAUACUGAUACU